GGCUAGAGCGGCCAUGGGAGGCGGCACCGGCUAGAUGAGGGCGGGGCAAGGAGCCAGAGCGCCUGCGCAACCACUGGAGCGCGCGCCCUACUUUGAACAGGUCCCGGGAGGCGGUGCGCCUGCGCACUAGUGCUGCCCCGAAAGAGUGGCUUCCUCCCUCCCAGGCUUCGGCCUGGCUAGAGGCCUCGGAAUCCGCGGUCUCGUCCUGUUUAGACCCCGGCCCCACCAUGCCAGAGAUCCGCCUCCGCCACGUGGUGUCGUGCAGUAGCCAGGAUCCGACCCAUUCGGCGGACAACCUGCUGAAGGCCGACACCUAUCGGAAAUGGAGAUCGGCCAAGGCCGGGGAGAAGCAGAUCUCCGUCAUCCUGCAGCUGGAGAAGGAGGAGCAGAUCCACAGCAUCGAUGUCGGGAACGAGGGCUCAGCCUUUGUCGAGGUGCUGGCGGGCAGCUCUGCUGCUGGAAGUGGGGAGCAGGACUACGAGGUCCUCCUUGUGACCUCUUCAUUCAUGUCCCCCACUGAGAGCCGCAGCGGGACUAACUCCAAUCGGGUCCGGCUGUUUGGUUCUGACAAGCUGGUCCGGGCCACUGCUGAGAAGCGCUGGGACCGGGUGAAGGUUGUGUGCAGCCAGCCCUACUGCAAGGACUCUCCGUAUGGUCUGAGCUUCAUAAGGCUUCACAGCCCCCCAGACAAGGACAAGGAGGAGCCCGAGGCUGCCCCGCCGAAGGUCACCAAGUUGGGAGCCUUCCGAGUGAGGGAGGAUGACGGCACGAGCGGCAGCCUCCGGCCCGGGGCCCUCUUCUUCAGUCGGGUCGGCAAGGCCUCUCCAAGUGAGAUGGGUCUGGGGGCCGUUCUGGGCCUGGCUCCUCUCAGGGCUAUGCUUUCAGAGGCCUGGGCGGCUGUGACGCAAGGAAAAGGGGGGACCCGCCCCAGAGUGAACGCUGGGCUGGGUCGGGCUGGGCUGGGGGAGGAGAGAGUGGGGCCCUGGGGGCAGUUACUCAUCCUGGGGCCCAGGUAA